AUGCAUCUUGAAAUCCAGUACGACCAUGAACUGUGCAAUGACUUAUUGGCCGUCACCACACCCGAGAAGAUUACCCCCCACAGGUGCCACAUAUCUUCAUCAAUUGCGGAGCUCAAAGACACGUCGGCUCGGUGCAAUCGAUUUAAGGAAUGUAUUUUCCGGCACCUCGACUCGACUCGGGAAGAUUUCAAGGUCGGUGGCAUCCUGCGAAUACUCGAAGCCCUUGGGCGACUCAGCUGGGUCGGCGAGAUUGUCCGACAAAAAACAAUCCAGGUCUACAGUUUUCCGUCUGCAUUCAAGACUUUCCGGCGUUGGCUUUACCUGCUUCCGAAAGGCGCCAAGGCCGUCUUACGCAUCACGCGGACCGAUGAAAACAGAGAGGAUUUGCCACCCGCCAGCCCCGCCCCUCCACCCAGCCUCAGCACAACGGAAUCAACCCUACCAGCAGAUUAUGGUGCCUUCGAAGCAAUCAACGAUGACAGCAAUGCCGACCCGGAUCACUGCGCAGACAACCCCACAGACACAAUCACGAGGACUUCCUCCACGGCCCCACUGACCGACGCACCCAAGCGGUCGUUGCAGUUAUUUCCUCCUACUCGACCUCCCAAGACACACCAUCUCCGCCGCGCGGCUGCUGAUCUGACCAUGAGACAGUUUUUCUUUAUUUCACAUCUCGCCGAGGAUGACGAACACACGCUUGCUACCAUGCAAAAGCACUCCAUUUAUCAUUGGUCUGUCUUCAAAGGCAUGACCAAGGCCGACCUUGCAGAAGCAGGAUUCAAUCUCGGGCCCGCUCGUUUGAUAGUUUCUGGUACUGCCGCUGCGGUUGCCCAACUCGAGAAUUUGUAA